UCACUACUCUACAGCGCAGCAUCAGUAUCUGCUAGGAAUCCAGAUAAACGACCCCUCUAUACGCCUUCAUACGUGUGGAAAUAUGUAACAAUAACAUAUUUUAUCGAAGACACAGACAGCACAAAGCUGCUGUAUAGUACCAUGGGUGGCCAUGAUGAUGAUGAUGAUGAUGAUGUGUCUUAUCAUUUAGCCAACAACCAACAUCAAGAUGAAGUGCUGAAAAACAAAUUGAAUGACAGCGGCCUUUGGAGUGACCAAGAAUCCACUGGCGGCAACAAUGCUAAGUGGGUCAAGGAGGGCCAGAACCAACUGAGGAAAGUAGCUGAGAAACAUCAGGACCAGGACCAGAAUGGGAACCAGGAGGAUUUCUCCCCUCAUAACACCACUGAGGAGCAGACCAAAGCUCCCAAGACCACCAAGACCCUGGGCUUGAAGGAAGAGGAGUCCAAGACCAUUCUCAAGGAGCCACUACUCAUCGACACUCUACUGUCUGCAGAGGAUAAAGAGGGUGAGGGCGAAGAAGGCGACAAAGAGAAGGAAGAUCAAUCUGAGGCAGAUGAAGAGGCCUGCAGUCUUAUAGAUGAAGAGAGGAAGUCCGAGCAGAGUAAUGUGGAGGCUGAAAGAGAGGGAGGUGGGGUGGCUAGAAAUCCCUGUCUGCUGUUCUCUAAUGUAAAUGGAACACCAAGUGAUGAAGAAACCAACUGGCCAGCACUGUCUCAGGACAGCACUGUUGAAAGCCCUCCAAAUGGAAACAAAGAGUCCUUCUGGGACUCUGAGGCCUUUGAGGCGGACACAGACCUGCCCUCUGGGUGGAUGCGGGUUCGAGACACCUCAGGCACCUACUACUGGCACAUCCCUACUGGCACUACUCAAUGGGAGCCCCCCUCCCCUCUGGACAAGGUGGGAGACUCCAUGAUGUCCUCCAGUAUGUCCCUGGAGACAACACCCUGUGAGGAAGAGCUUGAGGAAACAUGGGGAGACCUCUCUAACCCAGAUGAAGGGACUAGUGAUGGAGAGCUGUGGAAGGAGGGAGAGGUGGCUUCUGACCAGAGCCUGAAGGAGUUUGAAGGGGCAACCCUGCGCUAUGCAUCCAUCAACCUGAACUGUUCCCAAUCCGAGGGAGAGGUGAACCUUGAUCCCCAUGGCACUGACCUGGAUGCUAAGUAUUUUGCUGUGCGUUCUCUGGGCUGGGUGGAGAUGUCUGAAGAUGAUAUGGCACCGGGGAAGAGCAGCGUGGCUGUCAACAACUGCAUCAGACAGCUGUCCUACCACAAACACAACCUCCACGACACUGCUGGCAUCUGGGGAGAGGGUAAGGACAUGCUGAUGGUCCUGGAGAAUGACACUAUGAAUCUGAUCGACCCACUGGGCCAGACUCUGCUGCACUCCCAGCCCAUCGCCAGCAUCCGCGUGUGGGGCGUGGGUCGAGACAACGGCAGAGACUUUGCUUAUGUAGCGCGAGACAACCUGACCCAGGUCCUCAAGUGUCAUGUGUUCCGCUGUGACUCACCUGCCAAGAACAUCGCCACCAGUCUGCAUGAGAUGUGCUCCAGGAUAAUGACAGAGAGGAAGCUAUCCAAGCCAUUUCUGAGCAGGUACAAUUAUGACCAGUGCAAACCCAUGGAGAUUCCUGCUCAAGAGUUUCCCGUUCCAAAAAAUGAGAAUUUCCUACAUUUCCUUGUGUAUUACCUUGGUAACGUACCUGUGACCAAGCCUGUAGGUGUGGACACAAUCAAUGAUGCUUUGGAGGCUGCAACGAACAGCACAAGGAAGCAGGAUUGGACCCCCGUCUCUGUCAACGUGGCCCCUGCCACUCUCACCAUCCUCACCAGAGAGACCGAGGAGGUGUUGUCAGAGUGCCGGGUGAGGUUCCUGUCCUUCAUGGGCGUGGGAAAGGACGUCCACACCUUUGCCUUCAUCAUGGCAGAGGGCCCUGGGGACUUCAUCUGUCACAUGUUCUGGUGUGAGCCCAACGCUGCCAGCCUGAGUGAGGCGGUGCAGGCCGCCUGCAUGCUGCGCUACCAGAAGUGUCUGGACGCGAGGCCUCCCAGCCUGGGCUCCUGCCUGACCACUCCCCCUGCUGACUCCAUGGCCCGCCGGGUCAGGAUGGGGGUCCAGAGUCUGCUGGGAAGCUUCAAGCAGUACAGGUCAGGGUCCCAGUCCCCCUGAGUAGAAGAGAGAAGAUCUACUCCCCACCAACACUAACCCAUCCCAGCAGCUUCUCUCUCUCUCCCUCCCCCUCCCCCUCUUUCCUUCGGCCUUACACUCCUUUUGGCCUUCCGUAGAGAUAGUCCUGUCAUUAGUGCAUGGAGUUAUAUGUAACUGAGGAAAUGCUUACUUACUAGUGAUUGCGAAGUGUUUUUCUAUACAUCUACUGUAUAACUCUCUUUUUGCUUUGUACUCAAACUGAAUGAGCCCUGACAACGGCCCAUUGUUUGUCCUGUUGCUGGAAUUUAAUCUGUUUGUCACUAUUUUUGUGUUUUAGCAGAAACCAUGUCUGGCAGGAAGUAUUUGUAUGAUGGGAUGUAACUACAUGUUUCUUCACAGUAGGAAGUUAGGAGGAUUCCACACAGAAAUACAUCUCAUUUCUUCCUCAGUGCAAUUAUGGUCGAGUCAUGGGGCCAUGCUCCUCCCCCAAACUCCUCCCCAAAAAGUAACAGCACCUCUUUUUUUUCUACUGGUGUCUAAAGAAGGUCAUGCAAUCACUGUUGAGCCUAGUAUAGUAGAGUCUCCUGAUGUUUGUUUUACCCUGUACACUCCUCAGCCUCUCUCCUCCUGCCCAACUGAGGUUCUAAGAGCCCAGGUACAGUGUCACCUAGAGAGCUUUAUGUUCCCCACUGCAAACAGUGUGUUUUAGUCUUCCAUUUAAAGAAGUGAGUAAUUAUGUGUCACGUCGUAGUGAACAACCACUGAUUUCGGAGUGUACUGUAGUUGCGUUUCCCAUACAUUUGCAUGAACAUUUGCAAGUUCAGUGCUUCUGUGCAAUAAUCAGACUUUCCUGUAUGUGGUGGUGGUAGAAUGGCUUGCCAGGCUUCCAUAGGCUUAUAUAGCAGCACACACUGUGCUGUGGUUUCUUUCAUGUGGGGGCCUGGCUAGGCUAUCUGACUAGGGCUUGGCCAACAAAAAGAGGCAAUGUUGAAAAUAGAUUUCUGGUCAUGGAAAAGUGACCUAGAAAAUACAACAGCUCAAGGCCUGAGUUUUCUAUCUGAGUCAGUCAACCACAGCUGGUACCCACCACCACUAAAUAGUACUGUAGGACCACACUGCAUGUUUUAAUAGCUUAGAGGAAUAACAAGGGUAAUAUCUGCCUGCAGCGGUUUAGUGCUGAACUCUUUGUUAUUGUAACAUACUAGAUGUGUGCUACUGUAUGGUAAAGGGGGGGCUGUAUUCUGUACCUGUUAAGUGUUUGUAAGGCAUGUCACUAGCCUGUAUCCGUGUCUAUCAAUAUAUAAGCUAGCUAGUAGUAGAUUAGUUGUCACUGUCAGGUCCUUUCCACUGAGUAGCUGAGAGCAGGUCAGUAUCUGUCUCCCUUAGUCACUGCCCUGGGACAGGGAUAACAUUGAGAGAGUGACUCCAAUGGUUUGCAUUUAUGAUUUUAUUUAUAUUUUUUGUUUAUUUUAAUUUUUUACCACUUUUUGCUCUGUUUGGGUCCUGGUCCCUCUAAGUCAUGUAUUUUGUAUUGCUUUCAUACACUAUAAUGGAUACUACUGAGGAGCAGUUGCACAUUUGCUCAUUAUUGAUUGUAUUAGAGAACACAAGUCAGACUAGUUGUGGUUUUUAUGUAAAAAAUAAAUAAAAAAUGAACUGUGUUUGUCAGAAGUAUUUAGUGCAAUAGUUAGUUGACCUAUAACUAAAUGAAACAUGUCAAAUAUAGAAACACUAUCUGGAAUUAGACUGGAUUGUUUAAUAUUAUACUGUAACUCCUGUUCACUUAUCAUUGUGCUCCUUUUUCUAAUUCUGUUAUGUUAGUACUUCCAAGGUCAACAUUAAAAACAAGAUGAAUACUGGAACACUAGCUGAUACAUUUAUUUAACAAUUUAUGUAAAUUAGGUGUAUAAAAUGUAUCUGUAUAUAAAAGUCCCUGCACAAGAAAUAAAUGUGAACAUAUCUUA